GCUGUAUCGACCUUGGUGGCUAGCUCAGGAUGGCAGGGAAUGCAUGGAGGUCAGCGGUGUCCCGGGCGGUCGGAGCUCUGAAGAAAGAGCCUCCACAACCCAGGACAUUCAUGCGUGGGAUGCAUACUGUUACUUUAAUCCCUGGUGAUGGAAUUGGUCCAGAGAUCUCCACUGCUGUCAUGAAGAUAUUUGAAGCAGCUAAGGCACCUAUUCAGUGGGAAGAGAGAAAUGUUACAGCCAUCCAAGGACCUGGCGGCAGGUGGAUGAUUCCUCCAGAUGCCAAAGAAUCGAUGGACAGGAACAAAAUUGGCCUAAAAGGUCCUUUGAAGACACCAAUAGCUGCUGGCCAUCCCUCUAUGAACCUGCUGCUGAGGAAAACUUUUGACCUCUAUGCCAAUGUGCGCCCCUGUGUGUCCAUUGAGGGCUACAAGACCCCCUACACUGAUGUGAACCUUGUCACCAUCAGGGAGAACACUGAGGGUGAAUACAGCGGGAUUGAACAUGUGAUUGUUGAUGGAGUUGUACAGAGCAUUAAGCUCAUUACAGAGGAAGCCAGCCAACGCAUUGCAGAGUAUGCGUUUGAAUAUGCCAGAAAUAAUAAUAGGGCCAGUGUUACUGCUGUUCAUAAGGCCAAUAUUAUGCGCAUGUCAGAUGGACUCUUCCUACGAAAAUGCAGAGAGGCUGCUGAAAAGCACAAAGAUGUGAAAUUCACCGAGAUGUACUUGGAUACUGUGUGCCUUAAUAUGGUACAGGAUCCCACACAGUUUGAUGUUUUGGUGAUGCCAAAUUUGUAUGGAGACAUCUUGAGUGAUCUUUGUGCUGGACUGAUUGGAGGUCUUGGAGUGACCCCUAGUGGAAACAUUGGCGCCAAUGGUGUUGCCAUAUUUGAGUCGGUUCAUGGAACUGCUCCAGAUAUAGCAGGCAAAGACAUGGCCAAUCCCACUGCCUUGCUGCUCAGCGCAGUCAUGAUGCUGCGGCACAUGGGCCUGCAUGACCACGCUAAGACUAUUAAAGCUGCCUGCUUUGACACCAUUCGAGACAAAAAGGUUCUGACAGGAGACCUCGGAGGAAAGGCAAAGUGUUCAGAAUUCACAGAAGCAAUAUGUCAAAGAGUGAGGGAUACAGCCUAAAGGGAUGCUAAUGGUACAGGGACUCAGUAUUUGAGUCUCCUUCUUUAAUCAUGUCAUAUUGUAUCUGCACAUUUCAACCAAUAGUUAAAAAAAGACUCAAAUGAUUAUGAUCCUAAAUGUUUUAUUUUUUUCUCUGCACUCUCCAAAGCACUGUCUUAAAACUCAUGACCAUCUGUUACUGUAUAUGUGAUAAGCAUUUUAUUCUUCGACUGUGGUGGGUAUUGUCUAUUUAUUGGCUGAUAUUGGCCUCUUGUCUUAUGUAUUUGACGCUUUCAUUUUGACGUUGAAAACACAAUCUGUAACCCUCAUGAUAAUCAUCUGAGAAACACUCGAAAUGCAGAUUGCAAAUAAUUUCAUAUGUAAACCCAACUCUUAAUGUGUGAGUAUACUUGUUAUUUAUGCAGUCAGAAAAUAUAGGUCGGGACUCUAAUGAUUAAAACAAUCAAGCAACUUUAAAAUUAAAUUAGCAGGUGUUUUGCACUUAGUCUUCGCUUCAUGACAAUUUUGUUCUUGCUGCAAGUAUAAUGAAUGUAUAAAGGGAACAAUAUUACAGUGACACAAGAAAUGCCAGACUUUUUAUUCAGUGCUAUCCAAAUACCACUGUGUGUGAAAUAAGCCCCAUCAGCUGCUGUGAUUCUGACUCUGGUAAUAUAGUUAUUAGGUUUUGAGUAAAGUUGUGUACAUGAACACUGUAAAGUUUAUCAGUGUUAAGUACCAAAUCGUUACAUGACACACUGUCUAAGAGGCUAUCCUGCAAGUAACUAGUGUGAUUUUUAAAGAGAGAUGUAUUUGAGCACAAUUAUGCUUUGUGCAAUUCUUGGUAUUGUAAGUAGAAGGUAUGUUGUAAAACUUUAAAUAUGGUUUCUGUUAUUUUUUGCAUUUCUGUACACAAGAAGACACAGAUAUAAUUAAAUUCCACGCAUGUCCACAAGAA